AUGGCAAUAACAUGUGUACCUUCAAGAAAAUCGAAUACGUCAAACUAUUUAACCAUCAAACCACUCUCUUACAAAUUAUUCCGAUCGCUUGCUGGCUGGCGGCAGGCGGUUUUAUAUGUAAUAAGAGUGACAAUGGAAGAUGGUACAGUUAUGAAAGAAAAGCGUUCAAAUAAAGGCGAAUUUGUAUGUGUAAAUGAAGAUGAUGAAGGUCGAAUUGGCGGUGAUGAUGAUGAAAAACAGGUGCAAGAGUUUGAAAUUACUUUCAAAAAGGAGAGUGAUUUGAAUGAUUCACAGAAAGUAUGUUCUGCAAAUCGCAUUUCGUUGUCGAAUCGAAAGUUAAAAAACCGAUUGUAUCGGCAGGCUUUGGGUUAUGUGUUGGAUAUAAAACCUGAUCUACAGAUGGCGAAUGUGGCGAAGGGAAUUUACCUUGGAAGUCAGGAUGUAGCACAUGAUUAUGACAUCCUCAUGGCGCAUAAUGUCACUCAUAUAGUCAACUGUGCAACCGGUGUGGAGAAUAUUUUUUUGGGUGCAAUUAAAUAUCUUACAUUCAGUGUAUUGGAUUUACCUUGGAGUAAUAUAGAGCAGCAUUUUGAUAAAUGCCAUAAGUUCAUGAAAGAGGCAGUAGAAGAUGGUGGGAAUGUUCUUGUACAUUGCAAUGCUGGCGUAUCGCGAUCACCCACCAUUGUUCUGUCAUAUAUAAUGCGAUAUAACAGAAUGACAUUACGAGAGGCUCUGGAACACGUUAAUGCAAUUAGAAAAGUCAGUCCAAAUCCAGGUUUCAUGCAGCAACUGAUGAGAUACGAAAUGAAACUACAGUGCGAAAAUGAUGCCAAUAAAUAA